GUAUUUUUCAACUCCUACUGAUUUCAAUCAAAGCCACAAACUACACAUCUAAUCUUCACCAUCACUUUCCUUUACCAAUCUCAACAGAUGAGCGACACAGCUUGAUGAGAAGGCUCUAAAUAUCAUUAAAGAAAAGCUUCAGACAUACACACGUCUUGUGAGCAAAGAUGGACGUAGCACAAGCAAGUCCUGGUGGUCUUUUUGAUCCUGCAACAUUGGCAGGAGCAGUGACGAAUGCAGUAGUUGCAACACAAGCAGCUGCGGCCGCUUUACCAACAAUAGUGGCAGCACCUACAACAGCAGCAGCAGAAACACCAAAUGAUGGUCUUGUAACUCCAACUUCUCAAGCAUUACCGGAGUCUAGCAUCAGUGAUACUCCAGCUUCCACCACACCUGAUGAAGCGUCUUCUUCUUCUCCAAUAAGCAGUAGUGCCAGUAUGUCAUCUAAAUCGUCUGCUUCUCUUUCUAGCACAGCAAGCAGUACGAAUACGGCAGAUGCGAAGAAUAACAAUAACGGAAAUGGAGGAUACAAAUUUCAUAUUGCAUGGCUAAUACCUGUCUUUGUAAUCUUGGGUCUUUUGUUGAUGCUUGCUGUUGGAGGAAAGAUUUGGGGCAGAGUUUCGUUUGCCAAAGAACGAGCCGUAAAGAGACAACAACGUUUACUUGCACAACGAAAAGCAAGUAUGAUUCAACAACAAUCACAAAGAAAUUCACAAGUAGAAUCAGAUUAUAAUGAACAAGGAGAAUGGCAAGAGAAAGGAUGGGGACAAUACAAUCAUCCUCCUAAUCCUGAUGAAAGUUUGGAAAUGCAGAGAAAAUAUGCCGAGUUCGAUGCAAUCGAAGAAGAAGAAGAGGAUGAGUACCGCAAGAGUAGCUCUAGUCAAGAUCAUAGACAGCAAGAAGGUGUGGAGCUUUAUGAUGGACCUGUACAUAUGCCAUAUGAUGAUGGCAGCGAGACAGAAUCCGAACAUGAACUCAAAGGGCCACUAUCAGCAUUAGGAGGUCAUCUUGCAGGUCAACGCAACGGACGUGCCCUACCGCCUCCCGCACGAAUGGAGAUGGAAAGAUAUGGGAAUAUGGUCAAAGCAAACAGUUGGUGGAGCGUUCAAUGGAAUCGUCACUUUGGUGCAGGGGAAGAUGAUAAUGGAAGAUAUGCAGGAGUUGUAGAUGAGGAAAAGAGAAGAAAGUCUAGAGAUACUGCUUCUGCCUGGUUGGCCGGCCAAAGAAGUGCUCUUGGAUCGACGGAUAAUCUUGCAGAAGCAACACCACAACAGCAAUUAACGGGAAACGCAUGGUCACGAUUCAAACAAUCGAUAGGAUGGGGCUUUGAUGGUUCUUCUCCGGCUUUGGAUAUGGACAGACGAAAUCGUGCUCAUGCUCUUGUCCUUACACCUCAACCGCCAACUCUUUGGUCAAGGAUACCGCUUGAAGAUGAUGACAAUUACACUGGUGAUUUUGCAAGACGGCAGUCGGUAGCAUCAAGAUCUCAUGCGCCUGUUGAGCUGUUCGAUGCACCAGUGAACUUGGAACGACAACAAUCAUUCGGUCGACCUGUAAUCUCGUCUAUGGCUCUGGACCGAAGCCUUCCACCAACACCUUUUUCGCCCAUAGGAACUCCUGCACCUGCUAAUGCAUUGAUGGGACCGAGUGGAAAGAAAAGAGAGGGAUCAUUGAAAAGAGCUCGAACGAUGGAGGCAAAUACAAGCACACCAAAUUCACAAAUCAGUUCAAGGUCGCACACAAUGAAAGAACCUAAACGAUCUGCACUUUCACGAUCGAAUACGAGCAACCAAGCUAAACGAUCAAAAUCAUUAAGAUUUAGUGAAGAUGUCCCUGCAAAACAGCCGGCGGCUGAAAGUGAUGAGGAAGACGAUGAGAAUAAUUUGCGCAGGUACAAAUCAAUGAGUUCUGUAGCUGCUUCUGCUGCAAAUGCCGCAAGAGAAAAGGAUUCAAAGGCAGGUGCAAGGAAAGAGGGUAUGUCCAGACAAAAGACAUUCGCUGGGCAAAGUCCAAAGACAAAGCGAAAGCCAGCGCCUAUUACUCCAGAUGCGGAAGUGGAUACUGGCAAGAGUACAUUUACUGCUCUUAAACCCGUUCGAGAGGUGCAAAAGAGACCUGUCAAUUUUGGUAGCGAUGAAGAAAAUGAUAGCAAGGUUAGCAAACCUGAUGGAUCAUCUCAGAUUCCAAGCGUGGACAGCUUUGUGCUAGCGAGAUCUCGGACAAAGAAGCAAAAGCAACUUGAUCGGAUCAAUAGUCUUUCAGAAAAGGAUUUGAAUGCAAUGGAUGUGGAUGAAGAAGCACGGAUGAAGAUCGACAGCCUCAAAGAACAGAUCACAGAACAAGAAGAUUUGAAUAGAUCACCAGAUCUACAAGCAGUUGAUGAUCUGGCAACAGAGAUUGACUCAGUCUUGUUGAGCGUGAUUGCAAGAAGCAAUACCAGUAAAAGUUAUGCUCGUUCGGUGGGAGGAUUUGCAUCUGCAGCACCUACCCCCCACAUGAAGGCAACGGAAGAAAAUGAAACACCGUCCAAAUUCAAUAAAUCGCCCGCUUUACCUCCUGCCACUCCCACAACCCCAAUGACACCUCGAACGAUGGCACGUACGGGCACAUGGCAUAAAAAGAACGGUCGAUGGGUUCGUACUUCGCCUACAACGGGAAAAGAACAGAUUACCAGUUUGCAAAAUACACCAAUCGCUGCGAUGGGAAAGACUGUUGUUCCCACCUCACCUUUCACGCCGACUGGAAAGACAGGCACAAUGAAGCUGCCCACUUCCUUACCAAAAGCACUUUUGUCUGGCUCGCCUGAAAGGAAGAUCAUCCCACUACCUUUGGGAGAUAAGGAAGAUCGAUAUACGCCACACGGUGCAGGUUCGGUAAUCUCUUCUCAUUCUGCUUCUGGCAGAUCGAAUGUGAGCGAGACAAGCAACAAAUCUUCCAAAGCAUCUUUUGCAAAUCAAUAUGCCAUCGGAGAUAGUCGUGGAAAUCUUCGACCGGAAAGUGGUUCAGGAUUGAUGACGAAUAGAAGAUCUGUACAUUCACAAAUAAGUGAACAUGAUUUGUUCUUCACUUCUCGUCAAGCGCCUUCGUCAACUGGAUCUGAAAGUCCAACCAAAUCACAUUCAUUACGCUCCGAUCAUUCUUCUACUGUCGCUUCGGUAGAUGAUGAUACCGAACCGGAAACACGAGAGAAGACUGGCUUUUCUCCAAAACGCAGAGCUGCAUUGGCAAAGAGAAAGGAAUCCCCUCGUCGUUAUACUGCCAAGCUAUCUACCGGUGAAGAAACUGAAGAUGAAGAUGAUGAAAACUUUGAUGCAAGUGAUAUAAUUGAUGCUUAUAACGCACUCAAAACGCCAAAAUCCGAAAAUGGCGAUUCAAUCUUUGAUGGUGAUGAAAUUUUAUCACCUGAACAAAUCAAUGCAAAUGCACAACAACAACAACAACAACAAUAUCGUUUACAUACCGGAAAAUCUUUACGCACGCCAGCUGAAAAGAAGCGUGAAAGACAAUAUGCUAUGGAUCGUGUGCAAAGUAUUGUCACUCGAGCACAUGCAGCCCGAUUGCAAAAGACGCCACCAGAAUUAUGGAUGGAUAAUUAGACAACAACCUCUCUUUCGACUUCUUUUUUACCCUCUUAUCUUAUCUCUUUAUUCACAUAUUUGAUGCUCAU